CGGCCCGCUGCGUGACCCGGAAGUCCUGUGUUUCCUCUUGUCGCGUCACUCGCGUGUCGUGUCUCUCAGCUAGCUGCUACUUAUAUAAACAACCCGAAUUAAAAUAUGAAACACUUGGCAAGAGAGUGACAGUUACCACGCACUGCACGAGGAAUGAGACCAUUCAUUUGCUUGCGCGUGUAAACUGCAGUUAAGAAAGUGUUUUGGAGACGCUGUUUACAUGCAUCCAAACUGACAUUUGUAUAGCAAAAAGACGCGUUGUGUUUGUUGCUGAGGACGGACCAUCCGUGAAUAAUCUGCUUCAUCGCUUAGUGUUGGGGAUGUGACCCUCUCUCACGUUAUGGUCUCAGCCACUCAUGUGAUCAUGACUGUCCAUCCCGUCCUGGUCCUGCUGCCCAUUCUGGGUCUCCUUGUGCUUCUGUGUGCACCCUUGCAAUUGGUAAAUGGCCUCAGGAUAGUGGCUAAUGGGACUGCGGAAAACCCAGGGAAAUGUGACCUAAAAAAUUGUCCUAAAGAUGAAGUUUGUCGGAAGGCUAUUAAUACAACACAAUCUGUGUGUUUUCUGAUUAGCUGCCCGAUUGAUACCCAGAAUUGUUCUUUUGAAAAUGACACAAAUUUCAACGACCUGUUAGCGGAACUUGGUGUGAUCACAAAUGACUCUAUCCAUGUGGGCAAAAAUCAGAUUGAUAAAUCAGCGCUUCCCAAUCGGUCUUCUGGCACCAGCUCUUCACCAAAUGUAACACAGCCUUUGCCAACUGAACCUAACGUCCCGAUCUCCAGGACUUCCACUAGCACAGAUCCGACCACUUUACAUCUCAACUCUACGACUAUAGCGACCACCAACCUGCAGACAACUCCAACAGAGAAAGCCACCACAACUGAUACAGUGCAAAAACCAGCGAUCACCACAACCAUUCCGACAACACCAGUCGUGACAUCCACCAACACAACUACACCUAAUCAAACCACAACCAGCCCUAAACCCUUUGCAGCAACUACCAGCACAACCACAACAGUUGCACAAACCAUAAUUCCAAAACUGCCUACUUCACCAUCACCAUCAGGGACCAACAUGUCCACCAGCAUCUCGCCAUCAGUGCCUACAACACCUUCAUUCACUCCUUCCACAAAACCCAUCCAAACUUCUGCAGCAGCAUCCGAUGAGAACAAGCUAUCACAAACCUCAUUGAGACCCUCAGUAGUGGUGUCUGCACUGCCGAAGGACAUUCCCAAAGGGGACAAAGCCAUGAUUGAGGUGGCCGGAGACCCUUUGACCAGCCACCUGUUGAACACAAGCUCCUUGUUGGCAGUUCUUCUGUUUGGCCUCCUCUUCUUUGUGGUCGCGGUGGCGAUGUUUCUCAAACAAGCAUACGAGAGUUACAAGCGGAAGGACUACACUCAGGUCGACUAUCUCAUCAAUGGAAUGUACUCCGAUUCGGGGGUCUGACCGGGAUUGUGUGGUUUACAUUUCAGUACAUUUCCAUUUUCAAAAGUUGGUAGCAGAUUGACUUUGGUUUGAGAGCCCUUGGUAGCACUCGGAUGCUUGAAAUCCCUGUCCGACUUCUAGAUACGAGAAUCCAGCUGGUGCUCGAGCGAGUUGGUAUGAUGUAUAUCUUUUUGUUUCUAUGCAGAUUUAGCUUCCACGUAAUUCUUGGCACUUGGGGCUGAAGCCUUAGUAUUAACUUAGCCCUCAAUCUUCAUUCAACGAAUGUCAUUAAAAGGGAUUCAUAGUGCAAUACAUGGAAAUGUUUUGUCUAAUCUGUCAUGUCCAGUGUUUCUUCUGCAGCUGAUGAGUUGGCUGCAAUUGCCUUUUUAUGUUUGUGGGAACGGUUCAGGAACAUUCAAAGAAUUGGUUAUGAAUUAAUGCCUUUUUUUUUUUUUUUUUUUUUUUCCUGUGUAUGUGUGAGGAAUAAAUGCCAAAUCAAGAAUUGUGGCACAGAAGCACAUUAUUGUAAAGCCAAGGGAAUAACUCAGCCAUUGUGUGUUCAGUGUCUGGAACAAAUAACAGAUCAGAGGAAGGGAUGAAGUAUGAUAGUUUGAUAUGUGCCAAAUUGAUUUUGUAAGUCUUAAUAGCCUCACUGUUAAAAAAAAAUAUAUAAUAAAGAAAAAAACUCACUUUGCACUCUGUUAUCUUAUUGUGUUGAAUUCUGUCUAUACUUGACGUUUACUUAACUUUGAUCCUUAGUAGGCUGACGGUAAUCUGUGCAUCUGGUUUGCACAGAAAUUUGGACUUUUAUCAUGCGUUUCACUUCUCCAUUUAUUAAAGUUCACCCCCC